CUAUAUAAAACAAUUAUUCAUUACACUUCUGGGUUUCCAAGUAUACUCACAUAUCUUAAUUUUAAUUUCCAUUUUCAAAAAUUAGAGAGAGAAGUAUCUGGAGGUUCAUACUUGGAUCUUUGACUUUGAUGAUUAUAUAUAAGGCCUUUUUUGGUUUUACUUUUGAUGAUACUGCCCUCUUUUUAUUGAUUUUAUUGUGUAAAUGAAGUAUCUGCUGCUCAAUAUUCGAGCAUUACAGUGGACAUAUAUUACAUUAUAAAGCUGAGCAAUCUUGAUUUUUGUUUGUUUGGUACUUAACAAUCUUGAAUCUUCCCAUACAUGUGUUGUGAGGCCAAUUUAUUUUUUCUGAAUCUUCCCAUACAUAUAUUGAUGCAAGUAAUUUAAUAAUACCAACCUUAGCCCAUACUUUAAAUAAAUGAAAAUCAGUUAGCACAAAAGUAUAUGCAUUUAUUUUUAAAUAAUGUUAACUCUAUUAAAUUGUUUAUUUGAGAUCUUUGUUCUCUAUUAGGCCAAAAAUGAGUGAAAGUCGCAAUGCUCCCCGUUUAAAUGAGAGGAUCCUAUCAUCUUUAUCCAAAAGAUCAGUUGCUGCACAUCCUUGGCAUGAUCUUGAGAUUGGACCCGAAGCACCCCACAUUUUCAACUGCGUUGUCGAGAUAACAAAAGGAAGUAAGGUUAAAUAUGAACUCGACAAGAAGACAGGGAUGAUUAAGGUAACAGAGACCACAUGGUGGGUUGGGUUAACUCACAGUUCCGCAGCCUUCUUGUUAAGGUGACAGCACAAGAUGUGUCAACCAUGCUGAGAUGUGAACAAAGGACCAUCAUCUUCCUUAUAGAACCCGGGAAUUUUUGUUUCUUAGUAGAUGCUUUCAUAGUACUUGUAUGUAUAAUUAGUUUGAAUUGCAUCUUUUGUGCCGAUUUGUUUUGUAAUAACUUUCAACUUACCACUAGGCACUAGGUUAACUUUAUUUCAUCUUGGAAUUGAAAUAUUUUUGCGUAUUGAGAAGCAUGAAUUGAUCUAGUAUUAUGUUUACCUAAAUUUAGUCAAUAUAUUGUAUAUUUUUCAUCUUUAUAAAAG